AUGCACCACACAUCCAUGCAACCUCCAUCAACUCAUCACACAAGCACAGCACAGCGCAGCACAACCACACAGUGGAGUCCUGCUCACAUAGCAGUUGACCACCAACUCAUCUCAUCUCACCUCUCCUCAACUCAACUCAACACAAGCAACUACACAAGGAAAGCAGCACCAAUGGUUGGAGUGAAGAAACAGUCAGAAUCUGCCAACUCAUCAGUCUCUCUAAGCGCCUCCCAACAAGCUGGAGCAUUCUUCCCACGACAGUUUCAGUCCGGUUACGACAGCUCCACGCGUCUUGCACUCAACUUCACACCCUCCCUAUUUCGCAUGACUGCAUCCAACUCAAGCUCGUCCCUCUCAGAGAUGGCGUCGGACUCCUCGACUAGUUCAAGGCGAUCAUCAGCUUGGAAGAUGAAGUGGAGGCAACGUGGAAGUGAAAUGAGCCGAGCCCAAGUGGACGAAGUCGUACGCCUCGUGCUCUCCUCCUUCGCCGCUAAAAUGCCUCACAGCAGCAAGUUGAAGAACAAUGCCCAACUCUCCACUGACUUCGGUCUUGACAGUUUGGACCGCGUCAACUUGCUCAAGACACUGGAGAAGUCUUUCAACUUCAGAGUGUUCCCCGACGAGUUCGAUAAUUUGGAGGAAGAGUUGGCGACUCCUGAUGAUAUUCCACGCCACAAACUCCUUAUUUCUAUUCACCAACAUGACUGCAAACAGAAGUGGGCCCAGUCAAGAGAAUUCUCUCAGACAAUCCCCUUAAUUCUGUCAGAUGAACUGGGUUCCGAGCCCGCCCAACGAAACGACUUCACUGCUCACGUAGCAGUUGACCACCAACUCAUCUCAUCUCACCUCUCCUCAACUCAACUCAACACAAGCAACUACACAAGGAAAGCAGCACCAAUGGUUGGAGUGAAGAAACAGUCAGAAUCUGCCAACUCAUCAGUCUCUCUAAGCGCCUCCCAACAAGCUGGAGCGUUCUUUCUUUCAUAG